AUGACAUCCGCUUGGUAUGACCGUUGGUGUGAGUGCGGGCCUUUAGCCAGUUUCAUAUCCCCUCGUAUCAUUCAUGCAGCUGGGUUCUCCCUUCAUGAUUCGGUCAAGGAUGUGUGGGCGGAUGGUUCUUGGAAGUGGCCUACGGCUUGGCGAGAUUUGUUUCCGGUUUUAAUUCAACUGGAUAACCUGCAGCUUAAUUCGAAUAGUAGAGAUAGAUUUCUUUGGAAAGAUGGUGAUAAAUCGUAUGAUCAUUUGUCUGCGUGUGUGUGGCAAUCUAUCCGAGCUAGGGAAACGGAAGUAGAUUGGGUGAAUGUGGUAUGGUUUUCACAAUGUAUUCCUCGGCAUGCUUUCCUUAUGUGGCUCAUCAUGCGUAGGAAACUUUUGACUCAGGAUAAAAUUCUACAAUGGGAUCUGACGAGAAGAAAGAACAUGAACAUGAUGUGUUGCCUAUUGUGUUUCGAAAAUAAUGACUCUCACGAGCAUCUGUUCUUCGAAUGUAAGUUCUCGGCUCAGAUUUGGUGCUCGGUUAGGGAUAAGGUGAAUAUGGGUACGGUUGACCCGAAGUGGACAGAUGUGACGAAUUGGCUCUUAGCUAGAGGUGCGUCUAAAUCGGUUUUCAAUUAUGCAAGUCGUCUCAUAGUAGCUGCUUCAGCGUAUUUCAUUUGGCAAGAGCGAAACGCUAGAUUGUUUAAAAAUCAAACGAGACCUCCAGAUAUUAUUAUUUCUUUGAUUUUUCAGACUGUUCGAUACAAACUUAUGGGAGCUAAGUACAAGAGAAUGGAUAAAGUCAGACGCUUUCUAGAGCUGUGGGAUAUACAUGAUGACGCGAUGCUUAACGACGCUGGCUAG